CGGCUCGGCGGUGACGGCGGUGGCCGGCGGCACCUGGGGCAAGGGCAGCCGCGCGAGCUGGCGGGCUGUGGCAGCCGCCCCGACGGCGGCUUCCGCCCCUCCCGGGUGGUGGUGGUGGCCAAAACCACCCGGUACGAGUUCGAGCAGCAGCGGUACCGCUACGCGGAGCUCUCGGAGGAGGACCUGAAGCAGCUGCUUGCAUUGAAAGGCUCUAGCUACAGUGGACUGCUUGAACGACAUCAUAUUCACACCAGAAAUGUAGAGCAUAUUAUAGAUAGUUUACGGAAUGAGGGAAUUGAGGUUCAUCUAGUGAAGAGAAGAGAAUAUAAUGAAGAGACAGUUCGAUGGGCAGAUGCUGUCAUAGCUGCAGGAGGUGAUGGCACAAUGCUUCUGGCAGCAAGUAAAGUCUUGGAUAGACUUAAACCAGUUAUAGGGGUAAACACUGAUCCAGAACGGUCUGAGGGUCAUUUAUGUCUGCCUGUUCGAUAUACACAUUCCUUCCCAGAAGCCUUACAGAAGUUCUAUCGUGGUGAGUUCAGGUGGUUAUGGAGACAGCGAAUCAGGUUAUACCUUGAAGGGACUGGCAUAAACCCUGCUCCUGUGGACCUUCAUGAACAGCAACUAAGUUUGAAUCAGCAUAGCAGAGCCUUUAACAUUGAAAGAGUUCAUGAUGAAAAGUCUGAGGCUUCAGGACCGCAACUUUUGCCAGUGAGGGCACUAAAUGAAGUCUUCAUUGGGGAGAGUCUAUCUUCCAGAAUGUCUUAUUCUUGGGCUGUAGCAGUGGACAAUUUAAGAAGAAGUAUACCCACUCUAAAGGGACUGGCUUCCUACUAUGAGAUUUCAGUUGAUGAUGGUCCGUGGGAAAAACAGAAGAGUUCAGGGCUCAAUUUGUGUACUGGAACAGGAUCAAAGGCCUGGUCAUUCAAUAUUAAUAGGGUUGCAACUCAGGCUGUGGAAGAUGUUUUAAAUAUUGCAAAGCGACAAGGAAAUUUGAGUCUUCCCUUGAACAGGGAAUUGGUAGAAAAAGUAACAAAUGAAUAUAACGAAUCACUGCUCUACAGUCCAGAAGAACCAAAAAUACUUUUUAGUAUUCGAGAACCAAUAGCAAACAGAGUUUUCUCAAGCAGUCGUCAGCGCUGUUUCUCCUCAAAGGUUUGUGUUCGUUCUCGUUGUUGGGACGCAUGUAUGGUUGUGGAUGGAGGAACUUCUUUUGAGUUUAAUGAUGGAGCAAUUGCUUCAAUGAUGAUCAAUAAAGAAGAUGAGCUUCGAACUGUGCUUCUAGAGCAGUGAAGGAUUUCUUCAGAUGUGAAAUUUGGAUUACUAUUUUUACUGCAAAAACAGACUACCAACCAUAAAGCAACAUUUUUUGGUUAUUGUUGAAACUGGUUGCCUUUGGGCUCAAAGGUGACAAAGAAGGCGAGAUUUG